UGCUGAGAGGUUGAGGCAGUAUACGCCUGGCGGCCGGCUGAGAGGGAGGUGUGUACGGCUCGUCUCAUUCAUCAUUCAUCACCAUGAAGCUCUUAGAUGAUCUCAAGCAGCUAGCUCAUCCUUACCACGUCAUUAACCUCCUGAUGAGCUUAAGCUUUUUGUUUUCCAAGUAUGUUCCAGGCGUGUGUGAGGUCCUGUUCCCGGCUGACCAGUGCGGGGAGCUGUCAAUGUGGGAAUCGGAAGUGUUGUUCUUCAUGCUGGUGAUCAUAAUGUUUAGGUCUCGCAAGAGCGGAAGUCGAAAUAUGGUUGCCUAUAUCUCCGUAUUCAACAUGUAUGCCAAGAUUUGCAAUAUUGUCCUAUGGUUUACCGCUGAUGUAGUGUAUGGCAUAAUCUAUAUCAUAUUGGCCCUCAUUCACUUCUUAGUUAUUGGAGAGCCGGUAUACCAAGGCCCAGAAAAAGUUGUGUACUUCCAGGGAAAAGAACUGGAUGAAGAACUGGCCCGAGACAAGCAUUGUAUCUGGUUCAUCACCUUCUUUACAGCUUGGAGUCCUGCCUGUUCCAAUCUGGCUCCUACAUUUGCCAAACUUUCAGCCGAGUACACUCUAGAUAACCUCAAAUUUGGGAAGGUUGAUGUUGGACGUUAUCCAGAAGCGUCCAAACACUAUCAUAUCAAUGAUUCCACCUUCUCGCUCCAACUUCCUACGAUCUCCGUCUUCAAGGAGGGCAAGGAGGUUGUACGAAGACCUUGUUUAAAUGCUCAGUCAAAGUUUCAGAAGUUUUAUUUUACAGAGGAUAAUAUAAAGGCAGCAUUUGACAUGAACAACAUUUAUAUGGAGUGUCAGAAGAUUCUAGAAGCAAAGAAAGGAAAGAAGGAUGAUCAUAUGAAGUCCGAGUAAUUUCAAGCGGAGACGCAUAAAAUUCUGUACAGCUGUGGAAUUUGGCGACGUGUAACUCGGUACGUGUAAUAAGGAAGUGUACAUCCCUUCCCUGUGACAUAACCAGGUGCUGGAUGCCAAAUAAUAUGCGAACUGUAUAAUAUUACACUGUAAGCCAUAUCAGCAUAAGAAGACAGAGAUGCAGUGCUGUUUACCUAGUAGUUUGGUGAUGACAAGACCACACACUAAAAUGUGAAGGGAUGACAACAUUUUGGUCCGUCCUGGACCAUUCUCAAGUCGAUUGUCACAUUCUAGUGUGUGGUCUUGUCAUCAUACUUUAGCCACGUUAUUGUGACUCAUCGCCUAGUAGUUUGGCGUUUGUGAACAGGAUCAUUUUGGAGGUGGGGCAUUCAGACCAGCACUUGGGAAAAGUUGAGCAUAAAGAUUGCAUUGAAUGAAUAUGGUCAUUUGUAAUUCCCCCAAUUUAUGUAAAAACUAGUACUGUACAAUAUUUGAACCAGCUAUAAUACAGUAGUUUGUUAUUUAUUGUUUCCUAUGCUGUUAAUAAGAUCUAUUCAAAUUAGGAUUUUUAAUACAAAAAAUAACUUGCUCAAAGCACUGCAGUCUCAAAUAUAAAUACUGUAUUAUAUUUAUGAAUUAACACUUAAAUCAAAUAAUUAUUACAUAAAUUUAAAGUGUAAAGGAUUCAAUUACAGAGUUUCAAUACAAUAUGUGAUAAGUCAAGUCUUACUGUUAAGACUUGGCUAUAAGACUGAAGAUAUUUGUACAGUACUGUACUAGGAAUGUUGAUGAAGACAAAAGUGCGAUCAGACGUUAUCAAUAUACAAGUGGAAAGUCAAAGCCUUGAUAUUUUGGAACUGUGUAAUUAAAUGCCAAAUAUACAGGAAAUAUGCAUGAACUAAAGCUUGUUUUAACCUUAUAUAUUAAUUUCAAAGUAUAAGCUUUUCAGAGCAUACAGAUUUUGAAUAAGAACAGUAGAAAUUAGUAAUUCAUUAAAAAGUUAGAUAUUUAUGAAAUUUAAAAGAUUUUUAUUUCUAAGAAUUGUCGUGAAGUCUUCCUUUGCGAGAAUGUCAUCUCGGAGAUGGACUAUAUACAUGGAAUUUAUGUAGAAUAUUACACAUAAAUGGUAUUUGCAUUAAAAGAUGAAAUGGUGUAUGAUGCUAAAAAUGUUCAAAGGCGUACAUAACUGGAAAUGAAACCCUUACUGACAACCUAAACAAAUAAAGAACAUUUAAACUUUCCAACAAUGAGAAUCUCUUGCUUCAUUCUCUGUUGAGGAUGAAUAAUUUAAUCAUAUUUUCUUUAUUUAAUUAUUUAUUAAAUAAUAUUUAUUCCCUUCCAUGCUGGGAGAAGAAUUGUUGAUAAAAGUAGUGUGUAUAAGGGCAGAGUGAACGUCAUCUUGGUUGUGAUAGUAUUUGAAGGUUAUAAAAACAAACAUAAUGCAAUGUUAUUGAUCAUAAUAUAUUUUACUGCACACCCAUCUGGCCGUGGUUGAAUCGUGAUUAGGAAGAAGUCAGAAGCCACCAGUAAGCUGCCUUGGUCAUUAUUAAAUCACUUAUAAAUAAAGAUUAUGAACUUGGUACAUUGACAAAUUACAAUCUGCCUGAUUAUAUCAAGUGUAAAUAGGCAACUUGCUCUUGUUGAGGACUAACUAGGCCAUGAAAAUAGUAUAUGAAUGCUGAAAAUAGUAUAAGAAUGUCAUAAAAAAAAUUUAGUGGACUCCGAACCUGAUGCUCAUAUUAGCUACGUAUCUAAUUAAUGUACUUUCUGUACAUGUUUUGUGCACGAAAUAAUACGGGUUAUCUAACCUCUAUAGCACUAGAGAUAACUAGGCAAGCUUAGCACACAUACUCUUAUGGAUUAUUAAAUAUACAUUUUUAGACCAUUGUAAUGAAAGGUAUUCAGAUAUCUUGAGCCACUAGCACCAAUGGACUGUACAUGGAAUUAUUUCAGUAUUGAAGUUGUAAAAAAUUUUAUCAGCUUGGCUGCAGUGAGAUGUUUGCUUGGUAAAUAGCCAAAAGACUAUUAGUGUACAUAUUGCAUUGAUGUAUACUUGUAUUAAUGUGUUUAUACCAGUAUGCUGGUAUUUAUACACUUGCGUACACACACAACUAAUGCAGUUUACUGCAUUCACUCACUGUUUUUUCAUCGAGGUACAUUUCAUUUCAUUUCACUUUUGAAUAUAUAAUCUGCAGUCAGGAUAUUUUGUAAACUAAACAAAAAUUUCAAAAUAAUUGUGAUUGUAAAUAAUGUUAUUGUAAAGUUUGUUUUUUUGUAUAAUAAAGUUUGGUAUUUGUUU